UGCCGCGACUCGGACGAGAUUGUGCUUCGUGCAACCCGGCGACGUUGUAAGGGGGAUUCUCGAGGCAGUGACCUCGCCCGAGGUUGCUGUGAACACCCUCAAUGAUGACCUCUCCCCGGCCUCGCGAUGUGGGUGGGAGCUUUUCAAGUCGGCGCGGCCAUGCAAACCAACUCUCGAUAUCCGACUCGACCCACCACAUAACCGAGACUAUCGGGACUUUAUAUGGCGACGACGACGACUACCAGAACGGCGACUCGCGCCCCCUGAGCUUUAUCGCAUCCCCCCGGGGAGGCGAGCAGCUAGGUCCGCACCGCGGUACCAACCCUUCCCUCACUGAUAAGACAGGACGUCGCGGCCCACCUGCCCUUGUCACGAACGGAGCCUCGGUGCAGAAACCUCAAACUCUUCCUGGCCACUCGCCAAGCCACCGGAACACGCCGGCUAGGAACAAUGCGUACGAAGCCGGCUCGGAAUCGCCCAGCUCUCCCUCAUCCCCCUCGCUCCGCGACAUGCGCGAUGAGGCCCAGCAGUAUCCGCUGACCAACAUCGACAACCCGAACGAUAUCGCCCAGGAGCUGAGCAAUCUGCAGGCACUGCGGCGCAUGUCCAUAGACGUCUCCAACAACAGCGACCCCGAUCUGCUUCCUUUCCAAGGCAUGUCGCUCAUGGCCAUGCCCUCGAUAGCACCGAAAGGAGAUGACGAAGCCGAUCCUUCGAGGCUGUUAUGGGUUCCGGCCAACGUACACCCGGAGCUAGCCCCGACCGAGUUCAAGAAUUUUGUCGAGAAGAGAGUGCAAUCUAUGAAACGAAGGUCUGCCGACGCGACCCUCUCCGUCGACGGCUUGGACGGGAGCAAUUCUGGCGGUCUGCGGAGGAAGAAGUCCAUGCUCUCGAAGCAGAUAGACAACUCGGGAGGGCACGGCGCAGAAGGCUAUGUCGACGGUGCUGAGAGGCUAGGAAGGAGGAUCUCUCAGAGAGAGCCCGGAAGUGGUCCGCCCGAAUUGAGCAUCGACGAUCUCAUGAACGAUCCAUCCAAGGUCGUGCGGGAGCUCACGCUCGAAUCGCAGCGGCUGGACUCGGAGGGCCCGGCGCCGAACCCUGACGACAUGCCUAUACUCCCCGCCGCGCCUGGUAUGGGCCUGCGACGGUCGACUCGUACCACCUACCGGAAAGGCGGCAGUCUGAAGAACCGACAAGGCGGCUCCCUCAAGUCUGACGAACGGCUUCCCUUCUCUAAGCGUAUAGCAGCGCGGAAGGCUGAAGAAGGGAGUGGCGGCUUUCCUAGUGCCGAAUCCAUCGAAGCGCCGCCGGGCCACGGUUUGACACGCGUGCAGUCGGAACCGAUUUCGGAGAACUUUUCGCGGCCGACAGAUCCCGUACGGCGGCAGCAAACCUUCGCCAGGGAGCCGACUUCGGACUUAUACGAGAGCUCUCAGCAGCACGAGGUCCCAGCAUCGAGCCAGGCGGGCCCGACAAGACCACCGGGGCCGAAGCGUAUGGCGUCCGCGGACGCUGUUACCACGCCUAGCUCGCACGCGCCGACGGUAGAGGCGCCGAUAGCCGAAGAGGAACAGCCCGGGUCGGCGGCUGCGGGCAUGGGCAGGCCCUUCCCUGAACGGUCGUCCUCGCAGAGUAGUUCCACACAACCUAUAUCCCAACCAGCACCCAUGCCCGCCGAGCCGCCCGCACGUUCCAGCCGACGGCCGAAUUACGGACCACAGCCCCAAACCGUAUCGCAAUCACCUACCUCGAAUCAGGCCUCCGGUCGGUCCCCGCAGCCAAGUAGAUCCCCCGGCGCUUCCAACCAGAACGUUAACGAUAUGCCGCCAACCACCUCGCCCUUUCCGGGCGGCGGUUCCACGAGCACCGAAUCUCUCACAUUUAUCCCGACAUUUACGCCCUCGGAGGAGAGGAGGCCAGAAAAGAAGGGCAAGAAAGACAGGGGCGACGGCGAAGGGGAGAAGUCCAAGCCAACGUCCUGGAAAUGGUUCAACAAGGGCGAAGAUAAGGAGAAGAAGAAGAAGGAGGAGGAGAAUAGGAAGUCCAAGACCAAGGCCUUCGUGGAGAAAGCGCACGACAAUGUCCGUCUCGACGUUCUCCAAACCUCGAUCGAUACCGCGAUCCAGAAAGGCCGAGAGAGCCUCCUACUCGACCGCGAGGUUGUCGACAACAAGCUAGAAGAGGAGAGGAGAAAGGAGAACAGCCGAAGGUCCGGCGAGCAGAGGAAAGAGAAGGACGGCCUGUUCGCCUCAUUUUUCGGGAGCAGCAAGAGGAAGAGCGAGAGGGAGCCGGGUGGUAAAAAGCAUCAAUCCCAACGAUCCCUGUCGCCAGAGCCGGCUCCGUAUCGACUGCUGCGGCCCGAUAUGGACUAUCACUGGACGAGGUUUCCGAUACUGGAGGAACGGGCCAUUUAUCGGAUGGCCCAUAUCAAACUCGCCAAUCCUCGCCGUGCCCUCUACAGCCAAGUCUUGCUCAGCAACUUCAUGUAUUCGUACCUCGCCAAAGUGCAGGCGAUGCACCCCCAAAUUCAGGUCCCCCUGUCGCCCCAGCAGAAGCGGCUACAAGAGGAAGAGCGGCGGCGGCGGGAGCAGGAGGAGCAGCAGCGUCUAGAGCAACAGCAGGCCCAGGACAGCAUCGACAACUACAACUUUGAAUAUCACCGCUCGACGACGCAAUAUGGGGAUCCCAGCAUGCAGCACGAAGCUGGGGACUACCCGGAAGCGGCAGAGAUCUACGACUACGAGCACGGCAAAGACCACGGGAAUCGCGGCGCCGACUACCAGGAAAACGACGACUACGGUUCUCAGGACGGGGGCAAGGAUUAUUACGCGUCCUACACCCGACACGGUAACGGAGACGGCGGCCAGCGUAAGUCGGAAGCGGACGACAUGUGGUGAGAUUUCUGUCUAGCGACGAAGAAGAGACAUCGGUAGCCCACUCGUAUAGGAAUUGUAUCAGUGGAUUUACUCAUGGUAGCUUUGGCGAGGAGAGGGAGCAGCUGCUGUGGCUAUCGGUGUGGGGCAUCGGAUGAAUCGGGCCCUCGACGAAGGUGAUGUAUAUGCUGCGUGUGCUACUACUAUUACCACUCUAUUUCCUCCCAUCAGGUAUCGCAGUAAUGGGAAGUUCCCUUUUUUUCGUCGUACGGAUAGCAAUAGGAGCGCGGUGUCA